UUUUGACAGCGCCGCGAUAAACGUUCGUGCGGUCUCGCUGAAAAGGACCUCCUCGUAUCCUUCCUUACCUCUUCCUUAUUGAGGUUAUAGAAAUGGCGCUGCGAGCAGUGCUGUCGUUCGGUGGUAGCGGUAACAGGAAUCGCUUCCUGCUGCUGCAGGGGGCCCGUUUCUACGGCACCAAACGUGAUGCUGAGUACGAUCUGGUCGUGGUCGGAGGUGGUUCCGGGGGUUUGGCCUGUGCGAAGGAGGCCGCCAAUCUUGGAGCGAAAGUUGCGGUCUUGGACUACGUGAUUCCGACGCCGCUGGGCACGAAAUGGGGUCUGGGUGGAACGUGCGUCAACGUCGGAUGCAUUCCCAAGAAGUUGAUGCAUCAGGCGGCUCUUCUCGGCGAAGCCGUUCACGAUGCGAAGGCUUAUGGAUGGCAAUUGCCGGAAGCGGAGAACAUCACGCACGAUUGGGCUUCUCUACGUGAAUCCGUUCAGAAUCACAUCAAGUCCGUGAACUGGGUCACCAGGGUCGAACUCAGGGACAAGAAAGUGGAGUACAUCAACGGUUUGGGCGUCUUCAAAGACCCGUACACCAUUCACACUGUGACCAAGAAGGGAGAGCGUACUUUAACCUCCAAGUACUUCCUGAUCGCGACCGGCGGAAGGCCACGUUACAACGACAUUCCCGGUGCGAAGGAGUACGGAAUCACGAGCGACGACAUCUUCAGCUUGGAGAAUUCUCCUGGAAAGACGCUCGUCAUCGGUGCUGGAUACAUUGGUCUUGAAUGCGCCGGUUUCUUGCGCGGUCUUGGCUUCGACGCUACGGUUAUGGUGCGUUCUGUGGUGCUCAGGGAAUUCGACAGGCAGAUGGCCGAGGUCAUCCAGGAGUCGAUGGUCUUGAGGGGAGUGAAGUUCCUGUUCAAGUGCGUGCCGACGGCCAUCGAGAAGCAGGACGACGGUAAGCUUUUGGCCAAAUGGAAGAGCGACGAUGGUCAGGAAUUCUCCGAGACGUACGACACGGUGCUCUUCGCCAUCGGAAGACGCGCCCUCACCAGAGAGCUGCACACCGACAGGGCCGGCAUCGAGUUGGCCGGUGAUGGGGAGAAGAUUGACGCCGUCAACGAGCAGACCAACGUGCCGCACAUCUUUGCCGUCGGCGACGUCCUCUACAAAAAGCCCGAAUUGACGCCGGUCGCCAUUCACGCCGGAAAACUGUUGGCUCGUCGUCUCUUCGGCGGUGGCACCGCCCAGAUGGAUUACCAGAACGUCGCUACAACGAUCUUCUCGCCGCUGGAGUACGGAUGCGUUGGAUUGAGCGAGGAGGCUGCGGUCGAGAAGUACGGCGCGGAGAGCGUAGAGAUAUACCAUGCCUACUACAAACCCACCGAGUUCUUCAUUCCGCAAAAGUCUAUAGCCCAUUGCUAUCUUAAGGUCGUGGCGAUGCGCGAGGGAGAGCAGAAGGUCAUCGGCAUGCAUUUCAUCGGCCCCAACGCCGGAGAGAUCAUCCAGGGCUUCGGCGCUGCCAUCAAAUGCGAUUUGACCAUGGAGAAGCUGAUGGGAACGGUGGGAAUUCACCCGACCGUCGCCGAGGAGUUCACAAGAAUAAACAUCACGAAGAGGUCGGGCAAGGAUCCGAACCCGGCGUCCUGCUGCAGUUAAUCUAAUUACUUAAUGUUAAAAAUAAUUAAUUAAAAAUGAAAAUGAAAAAGAAAAAAUACAUACUAUGUAAUAUUGCGCACCAACUGUAAUUAUAUUUAUAUAUAUUUAACCGAUAACAACAAUAACAUUAAUGAUGAAACCGAAUGAAGCCCUUUUUCCAGACCGAGAGAAAACAAGAAAGAGAGAGAAAUGCAUUGGAGGAUGAGGAUGAAGGAAGGAAUCAGCAGAUCUUCAAAUUUUGUCAGGAUUUAACUUUUUUUUACAACAUGAUAUUAUUCGAGGAAGACCAAAAGCAAGCAAAACUACAAUCGGCACAAAGUGUAAGCUAACAUGGGCAAAUUCUCUACUUUCUUUCUUUCUUUUCUUGUUUUAUUUAAAUCAGUUUUAUCAUGGUUGUUUGUGUAUCGUUUAUUUUCUUUCCAAAUCAACUCUUUAUUAUUUUAUGAUUACUGUUGUUGCGUACAAGCAUAAUUAUACGUGCGUUUAUUAGAAAUUUCGCACGUCAUUGUUACGUUACUUUUUUUUUAAAAAUUAUUAUAAAUGUCCGGUGCUGCGUUCUAAACGUUUGUUGCGCAAAUGUAAUUCAUUUGCGCAAAU